CCAAUUUACCGGAAACAGCAUUGCAAGAUGAAGUCACAAACAAAACAAAUCGCAAAUGAAUUGAAAGAGAAAACAGAAAGAUGUUUUAAAAGCAGGAAACAUUCAAAUGACAUUAUUGAAAUUGUUUCGAAAUUGCAGGAUGAUGAUGUCUCCACUGUGCUACAGUGUUUAAGGAGCACCCACAAGCUGUUCAACCACUAUCUUGAAGUGGGAGAGCUUUUGCUGAAUGAACCCCAAGACAAUGAAGCUGAAGAUAAAUACAGACACUGGUUGCAAGAGAGAUAUAAAGAUGCAAUAGAAAGGCUGGUGGAGUGUUUGCUACAUAGCAGCACAGAUAUUCAGGAAUUGGCUCUGUCAGUGUUGAUGAAAUUGGUUGUGAAGGAGUCCAAACACCCACUGAACACUGCUGUAGAGGCUAAGACACAUUUUCCUGUGCAGUUGUUUAAGAAAAUUCUUGGGACAUUGCUGUCUAAGACUGUGAACAACCAUGCUCUGCUGGGGAGGUUUGAGGAGUACCUUGCCUACGAUGACAUCAAGUUCCACACACUGCAGCAUCUAGUGCACAUUUCACAAAAGACAAAUGCAGAGGCUACACUUCAAGGAAACAUAUUUGCAUUGCUAGAAAACAUUUCCUUCCCAAGUAAAGAUCAGACAGGGGCUGUUUCCAACUUCCUGUGUACAGUCUUAGAUGAAGAAAAAGACGUCCGUUCUAUGUGUCGACACCGACAGCUCUACACUAAAGUUUGGACACAUUUCUUGAAGUUUAAGUUGACAGCAACCUUGUACCGCAAGGUGUUGAUAAUUCUACCAGAGAAAGUGAUUCCCCAUAUCACCUCACCUCUGCUUCUGAGUGACUUCCUCACCCAAUCCUUCAAUGUUGGUGGAGCUAUAAGUUUGCUGGCAUCCAAUGGCUUGUUUAUUUUGAUUACCAAACACAAUUUGUUUUACCCUGACUUCUACAAGAAGCUGUACUCUUUGCUGGAGCCCUCCAUAUUCCAUGUCAAAUACAAGGCCAGGUUUUUCUAUCUCCUAGACCUGUUCAUGUCUUCCACUCACCUGCCUUCUCACCUUGUUGCGGCAUUUGCCAAGCGACUGGUGCGUCUGGGCCUCAGAGCGCCCCCUGCAGGUCUCCUGGUGUUAAUACCGUUUAUUUACAACCUCAUCAUACGGCAUCCAGCUUGCAAGAGGCUCAUUAACAGAACUGAUGUCGACAUAAAUCUGGACACAGACCCGUAUGACCCCCUGCAGGAGGACCCAGAGCAGUCCGGGGCCCUUGACUCCUGUCUCUGGGAACUCAAGACGCUGCAGUAUCACUAUUUCCCUGAUGUUUUCAAAAUGGCAAAGAAAAUGGAUGUUGGUAUUCCAGAUAUGGAGAUUGACCUAACAGAAAGAUUUGAGAUGUCUUCAAAUGAUCUGUUCGAGGCGGAGGUUGCUAAGAAACAAAAGACAGUUGCUGUGACCUUUGAACCCUCCAAAGGUCUUCUUUGUGGCACGCAAGAGAAAACUGGUCUCUUCUGGACAUUGUAGAAACAUCAUGAAUGGUCAAAACAUUUAUGCAAGUGUGUACACUAGUGCUGAAAUGUUAAUACACUGUAUCUUCAUUUAAAAAAUUACUUGGAGACAUUGAAUGAUUAUGCUCAUUAUUCACAGUGUUUGGUUUGUCUUAAAAAAGAAAAUGUAAAAUCUUUAAGUGUUGAGAAAUAUUGAACAUUUAUGAUGUAUAUAGUUAGAUAACUGCAAAUAAAACAGGGCAGUUUG